AAAGAGCCAUACUGCAAAAGACAUAGAAUGGCGUACUGUAUAUAAGACUGUCAUACUGUGACAAAUAUACAGUGCAGAGAAAAUAACUGAAGCAAAACGCAGACAAUUUCCUGUUGCACACAGUGUAUCAGAUUGAGAUUGAGUUAAAAGAAGAUAGAGAACCAAGCUGCCACUAGAUGUCAUCGUAAGUCUAAAGUAAUAUCAGCUGUGAGCGUGAAAUUGUUCUUGCGGAAGUGUGAUAUAUGGCAGUCACGAUUAUUGACCAGCUCAUGAUUGACCUGUUGUCUUUUCUUUAUAAGGGAAGCAGAAAUGAGGAGUUCAGUAGAUUCUUAUUUAUAGUCCAGGAUGAAAUCAAUAUUUAGUGGUUCUAACACUAAAGGUAAAAACCAAAACUGACUGAACUGGCACGAUCAUUUUAGUUCAAAUUACUCUUGUAAGUAAUUCUGACAGAUACAGACACUCAAGUCUCGAGUUUGUAAUCUCACAGGUGGUCCUGCUGUUGGGAGCAAGUUUCAUCAACAACACAUUGCCAUGCAGAACAGUAUGUGCUUGUCAAAGGUUAUAUGAGUUAUGGCGAUAGGACAGUGAUGUUUUCAAAACAUACUCUGUGAUAUAAGGCAGACACACGUCAGUUUGAGUCACAUACUUAAAGUAUUUUGCUUUGCUUUUCCACAACAGAAAUCUAAAUGACUGAGAUUUAUUUCUUAAGAUUAAGAUUAAGAUUUUUGUAUUUUUAGCUAACUGCCUUUUCAUGGCAUGGCUGGACAUAUAGGCUAUGUCUGCUAGUGCCCUGUUUGUACUAGGUAAUUAAUACGUACUGGGUCAUUUAAAAAGUACUUAGAGUUAAGUUUUGUUCUAGAUAGAUAGAAACUUGUUUCUAGGUCUCUCCUGAAGCCAAAUAUGUUACCCUUUUGUUUCCUGUAACUGUACAUUACAAGUAUUUCCUUGGUAUCCAAUAUGUUCAAAAAUAUUUACACUGUAACUUGUGGGUUGUAUUUUAAAUCAGCGCCACAUUUCAUUAGAUCUAUUAACCACUACAGACUUUUAAUUGUUUUGUAUCACAUGUUGUGGCCUGUGCUCAGUUUCUAAGAACUGCAGAGCUGGUGACCUGUUUCUGUUUCUGUUGUGCUGUGGUGUAGGAAUCAGCUAACAUCAACUCACUGAGACCCUUAAGUUCUUACCCCCCUCCCUAAUUUUAGACUUGUGCUUCCAGACCGGCAGUCAGAAGUGACAGCACAUGACUUUAAGCCCGAGUGGUCUUACAAAGCAUUGGUCAUGCUUGUCCACCCCCCAGCCUAGCUCAACCAAUGAGAUUAAAGUACUGCACGAGAGAGGGGUAAAAUUAAGUAUCAAAACACAGUGGAAAUAGUGCUUCUGUCAGUUUGUCAAAAGUGGUGUACUGGAUUUGAAAGACCAGGAAGUUGGUUGAAGAGGAAUUGUGAAGACAGAAGAGUUGUUUCAGAUUCCUGUUGAAAAUGCUGCUCUGGCCUAAAUCAAGUGAAGCUCAAGAGUGACAUUUGGACUUUGAUUGAUUGCUGCUCACGACAUCAGGUCAGACAUGGGUCGCUACCUCAGCACCAACCUGUGUUCAAGUUCUGUGAACAAGACUUUGAGGUCAUACUGCAAAAUUAGGUACCUAAUGAGCCUUCUCAGAAAGUACCCUCGUCUGGCCAAAGCACCACUCUGCCGGGACCUUCACAGAAAUUCACUGCUGUCACCUCCUCACCCUUCCAGAUUUACAAGAAAAGCUACUUUUAAAAAUUUUAACCACAGUGAUACAGAUUCUACCUCCCACCACUUACUUAGAGAUUUUACCGAAGUGAAACAUCUCCAGUUUGUGCGUUUUUACUCAUCCUCUAAUAGGAAUACAUUCAAAGCUGCAGCUCCAAUUGGGAUCUUUGAGGAGGCUCAGAACAGUUUUAAUUUGAGUUCCCUAGGAGGACGUCUUGGUCAGUCAUUUAAUCGAUUGUCCAGAUACAUUAACAUUUAUUUCAAGAGAAAGGACGCUGAACUUCUAGUAGAAAAUGACGGUUUUGAUGUAACAUCUCCAGGAUAUCUUGGCAGGUCACAGAGGCGUACUCAAAGUCAACGAGCAGCCAGAGAGCGAAAAAUAUCUGAGGGCAAAGACACAAAGCAGACCUUAAAAAACACACAGGAAAUGGAUGGAGGAGGAACAAGUCCUUCAACACAGGGAAAUUCUGGGCUGGAACUAUUUCACAACAGCUCUUUGGCGACAACAUUUGGAGAGAGCUACAGUUAUGUUGCUAAUCACAUUAAUUCGGUCUUCUCUCGCAGUUUUGUAAAAGUUCAAAUGCAGGAGAAUUUGGAAACCGAGUCUUCCACCAGAGGGAUAAACAGGAGGCAGAAGAGGAAAAAAAUGCAAAAUACUUACGUAAUAAACUCUCAAGAGGCAGAAAUGUCUCAAGUAAAAUCGGGCUGUGAGAAGGCGGCAGUGGAAUCGAACAAUAUCUCUAGCAGCUGGGAGGAGGGCUACCUUCUCUUUGCAAGACACAUCAAUAAAUACUUUGGUGCCAAGGUUACUGAUAACCAAAAUCAGCAAAAUAAUAGCACUUACAAAAAACACUUAUCAGCACAAUCUACCUCACAAACUCAAGGUGCAAUACCACAGCUAAAGAAUAGAGAGCCUAUCAUCCCUGAAACUGGAAACAUUUUCCACAGCAGUCGUAAUACCACUAACUUUGGGGAGAACUAUUUCCAAACGGCUGGUCACAUCAAUAAAUAUUUCAAGGGUCAAAGUGGAUUGGAUGAGGAUGUUGAUAAAAAUCCCCUAAUAGAGAUGGACCCUGGAUCUGCUACGUCUGAGAAACUGAAGACUGUGUCAUUUAUGGACUACCUUCUCCACCCCACAAGUGCCAUCCCUGACUUGCUGGGUACCUAUCUAAAACUGGGCCCCUUGACCCAGACUAGUAAGCCCAAGCCUGCCAUGACUUCACCAAAGGCAAUAUUGUAUAAAAAGCUUGUCUUGAGUCGGAGGCAGGCAGAGGAAAUGACACGAGGGUUGAUUGGCAGUCUGGUACAAGCUUCAUCUCCAGAAGCUCUGACUGCCUGUGUGGAGGCACUCAAUGAACACCUUAUUCGUUAUCCAUCAUGCAAAGCUUUAAUGUGGCAGGAGAAAAUUGCAGUCACAUUGUUGAAAAAGCGACGAACCUACAGAGAUAACCAGGUGCUUCAGAGCACCUUAAGAGAAACCUUGGCUCUGAUCGGCUAUGUGGAUCCAGUGAAAGGCCGUGGCAUCAGAGUGCUCUCAAUUGAUGGUGGUGGCACAAGAGGCGUGGUGCCUUUGCAGGUGUUAAAGCUACUGGAAGCUGAGACAGGCAAGAAGAUCCACCAGCUGUUUGACUACAUCUGUGGAGUGAGCACAGGUGCCGUUCUAGCCUUCAUGCUGGGUCUGGCACAUUUUUCUCUGGAGGAGUGUGCUGAAAUGUAUCGUCGUUUUGGCUCUGAAGUGUUUCGGCAGAACCGGUUGGUUGGCACCAUGAAAAUGGGCUGGAGUCACUCUUACUAUAGCACUGAGACCUGGGAGACAAUACUACGGGAAAAGCUGGGAAAUAGAGUACUUAUUAAAACAGCCAGAAAUGAGCUGAGUCCCAAGGUUUCAGCAGUCAGCGCAGUGGUAAACUGGGGUACCAGUCCAAAGGCCUUCGUCUUCCGCAACUACAACCACAAACCAGGCUCUCUCAGCCGCUAUGCAGGAGGCUCAGGCUGCCAGAUGUGGCAGGCAGUGCGAGCAUCAUCAGCUGCCCCAGGAUACUUCCAGGAGUUUCUCUUACAAAGUGACAUUCACCAGGAUGGUGGAAUUAUCCUGAACAAUCCCUGUGCUUUGGCUGUCCAUGAGAGCCGUCUGUUGUGGCCCAACCAGUCCUUCCAGUGUGUGCUGUCCCUUGGCACUGGUCGAUUUGACAACGUUAAAAGGGGAACUGCCACCUCCACCAGCCUGAGGGCCAAAAUCAGCAACCUGAUCUGCAGUGCUACUGACACUGAAGGGGUUCACACCCUUUUGGACGAUCUGCUGGCUCCAGACGUGUACUUCCGCUUUAACCCCAUGUUGAGUGCUGUGGUGUCGCUGGACGAGAGCCGGCCUCAGGCCCUGAACCAGCUGCAGAGAGACACCCAGAACUACCUGGAGAGAAACCGGCCCAAACUGGCAAGGCUUUGUUUGGUGCUCGGGGCAGAGCGCUCUGCUGUUAUCAGAACUAAGGACUGGAUGAGUGAAAGGGCCUGGGAGAUGAAGCAGAGAUGGGUGUGAGUAGGUUUAGGGUUUUUGUCUACACGUAAACGCAUACCACAUUCACUGAUGCACACAUAAACAGUACAGUGUGGAAAAAAUAACAGAAACUCUUUAAAUUACAACAAUUUUGUGAUCCCCUGACCCUUCCUUUAGCACCACCAUGAGCUUGACUUUUUUGAUUUUGAGUGAAAUGUCAUGAUAACUAUUGAAUGGCUUGCCCUGAAACACGGGGAUGAAUUAUAACAACUUAGAUAAUAAUAGAUCUCUUAACUUUUCAUCUUAUGCCAUCAUCAGGUCAGUUUGUUAAUUCACAUCAGCCUCUGCUGUAUUUUGUGUUAGUGUUAAUUAGCAAAUGCUAUUAUGAGAAAGUAAGUAUACAGACUUUAGAAUUUAGCCUAAAACAUUGCUAUGACUAAAUACAGUAUUCAAGUGCCACUAUUAAGACUAUGGACCUUCAGUAAGUCUACACAGGAGGCUUUUCAUAUGCAUCAAUUUUCUUUUGUUUUACGCACAUAACUACCAUGAUUGUGUGUUGGCCAAAACACAAUGACUUACUACACCCAGUAAAGUGCUUGAACACAUCCUGUGUAGACAGACAAAACACUGCUGUGGCCGCUUUCACUAUGCAGGCUGUGUAUGUAGGCACGCUGUCGGUUCGGCCUAAAGUUUGUAGUAUUAACCAAAUAUUUUGUUAAUAUCUUGUCUACUUGAGAGCACAGUAUUUGCAGCUAAACUCACAAUUACAAAGCCAGCUACAGUGAGUAUUAAGUUAUGUACUGAUCAGCGGCAUGCAUCCGCUUUAGAGGAAGUUGAACAAUCUUCUUUUUAAUGUGAUUUUUCAAAUAAAUAUAAGACUUCUACCAGCUAAGCUGUCAUCAUAUCAUAAGAUGUUUCUGCUGUUUAGUCAACUUCCUGUUAUACAUGUACUGAAUGUAAAUCAAUAUGAUAUUGUCACUUACAUUAUAUAUAUCAUCUCAUAUAUUUUUUUGAUGAUUUCUUGACAUAGAUGCACAGAACAAAUAUGCACAUCCAUGAAAUAAGCACUUUCAUGCACUUUAUUAAAAAAGCUUUGUGUAAUGUGCACAUGUGACUUAAUCCAGUAUCUGAUUAUUACUGUAUGUGAAAAUGUUGACUCCAAUAUAAGCUAUAAAUCUUACUUAUUUGUGACAUUACAGCUGAUGUAGUAUAUAAUUUUGCUAUUGGGCAUUUUAUGAGUAUUUGUUUGGAAUAAAUUCAUAUUUAUGAA